CGAGCGACGUCUCUCAUACCUAGGUAGGAGUAACUAAGGUCGGAGCCUACGCAUCUCAUAUGCACCGCUGAAUAUGGAAUUAAGUACUCCGUACUUCAUACUCACCACAUCUAGUUGAAACAAAGCAUAUUUAAUAACUAUCCUUUUAUUGCACAAGAGGCUCAAUCCUCGAAUUGGCAUUGCACUUUGACACUUCGAAUCAAGCUCAAAUAGCGCUGCCAUCCUCUACCACAAUGUCAUUCGAUGCAUCGUCUCUACCAUCUGACCCGCACGCCCGCUUUCUGAGCGCAUCAUGUCUCGAUUUCCUCCUUAUAGAGAUUGUGCCUAUGGCGGAAAGAUUAGCAAAAGAGUUCAGUGUUGACGACAAACGACAGGACGACGAGGAGAUUCGAGAAUCAACUUUCUUCCGCCUCGAAACACUAGGCUACAGAGUUGGGCAAGGACUUACAGAAAGGUUUUCUCGGGAUCGCCCCCGUUUUUCUGAUAACCUCGAUGCCAUCAAGUUUCUUUGCAAAGAUUUAUGGACCAUUCUCUUCCGAAAACAAAUCGACAACCUCAAAACAAACCAUCGGGGUGUCUACGUGUUGACAGAUAAUGCCUUUCGUCCAUUCACCAGGAUGAGCAUGUCUGUCCGAAGCGAGGCCGUGUCUAGGGCGCAAGCGCACUUGUGGUUCCCUUGUGGUGUUAUUCGGGGGGCCUUGGCUAAUAUGGGAAUUCAUACAACUGUACAAGCGGAGGGAUCUGAGCUUCCGUGUGCAACCUUUCAGAUCAAAACUAUCCAGCCCACGCCCUGAGGGUUUCUGAGAGAAAAUUGUGUCGAAUUUUGAAUAAAGCUGAAGGAGAGGUCUGAUGUCGGGCUUUGGCGGGUUAGAUAAUGCAUGUUCCUGUAGCCCGUAACCAGCCCCCAAGAAGGCCAACUAGAGCUGCAGAAACAUGCAGCACCCGCAUCUCUGUGUUUAUUACUGGACUUCUGACCCUCAUAUAUGAAAUGUGAACUUUCUCAUUUCUAAUCCGCCUACUGGCUUAAUUCUAUGGAUCGAUCCGAAAGGAAUCUUUAUGGAACAAGGGUAG